AUGCCAACUAAAACGUACCGCGUCAUUGAGCCGCACCCCUCGGUGCCGCACACCACACGCCCCGCCGUCUACGCUGGCCGCGGGGGCGCAGGCAACGUCGUCAGCCUGAAGAACACCAAGACGACCAAUUCGCAGACCGCCACGGGUCCGGCCUCGCUGACCCGUCUGGACUCGCGCGCCCCAUCCACCUUCAUCACGGGCCGUGGAGGCGCCGGCAACGUCCACAGCAGUGGCGAGCGCGCCAUCUUCAGCUUCGACGAGGAGCUCGAACGUGACCUCCGCCGUGCCGCGCCGGUCUACCACGUCGGCCGUGGCGGCGCGGGAAAUAUGAUCUUCGACGAUUCCAGCAGCAGCAGCCUGAGCCGCAAGUUCUCCGCUGGCAGCGCUACCACUGCUAGCAGUAGUGGCUCCACGGCUGAUCGCGCUGCCCAGAAGGCCCGAAGAGGUCUGGAGAAGGGCUGGGGCAAGCUCAAGGGCAUGGCCUAG